AGGAGGUGUUCUCCUUUUUAAGCGAAAUUUUACCUAGCCAUGCAAACCAAAGUCGCGUGUUUAUAUUAAAAUAAAAUUUGGAGAGAAUAUGAGGUGAGGAGGCUGAACAGAACACCCAACAGCCAUGGCGCCUCCCCAAUGUAUUGCAGCCUCUAUUGCAAUUGGCAACUUUUUGCAGGGAUGGGAUAGUGCUGCAAUAGCAGGUGCUAUAUUGUAUAUCACAAUAGAGUUUGAACUGGAUGAAACCACCACAGGAUUAUUAGUUUCUAUCAGUAUUAUAGGAGGUUUGUGCAGCACUCUGUUGGCUGGAGUUUUUGCUGACACAUUUGGAAGGCGCAAGAUCUUAUCUGUGGCUGGAAUCGUUUAUCUGCUAAGUGCCCUCGGAAUGGCCUUGUCUCCUACUGUUUAUAUUCUAUUCGUAGCUAGAUUUUUGGUUGGCUGUGCUUAUGGUUUAUCUGCAACUGUAGUUCCCCUUCUCAUAUCUGAGACAGCUCCUUCAGACAUUCGAGGUCAGCUAGCUACUUUUCCACAAUUAACCAAUUCAUUAGGAACUUUCACAGCCUACUUUGCACUCUUUUUACUUUCCCUUAGGGAUACAGCUAGUUGGAGGCUCAUGACAGCAGCUUUAGGUGCUCCUGCUUUUGUCUACAUUUGUUUGUGUAUUCUAUACCUUCCGGAGUCUCCAAGAUGGCUGGUAAAAAAGGGCAGAAUGAAUGAGGCAAAGCAAACCUUACAGAGGCUCCUCAACAAAGAAGAUGUUGCAGAUGAUCUUACAUUGGUGGUAGAGGGAUUAGGGUCUGGAAAAGAUGUUACUAUAGAGGAGUACGUGGUAGAGCCUGCAGAAGCUAUAACAAGCAAUGAACAACAGAAGCAAGAUGGUGAACAAAUUCACCUAUAUGGCCUUGAGGAGGAAUGGAUAGCCAAGCCAGCUUCUUGUGUUGAAUCAGCACCUAUAAAUUCAUAUCGUUUAAUUGAUCCUACUGUGGCACUUAUUGAAAGUUUCCGACAAAUUCCUGUUUUUGAAAAUAUCGAUCAAAUUGAUGGGGCUCAUGAAAGCUCACAAUGGGAUUUGGAGAACCAAGAACAUGAGGAUCAAACUGAUUCUGAAGAGGAUGAAGAAACAAGUAUUUUGGAAGAGUCAGUACCUAAUACUCCUAUGUUAGACCAUGACUGGGGGCUUGACAGGUUUAGUAGCAAUCAAGCUGAUAGUUUAAGGGCUCCUUUUCUUUCACAAAAUAACUCAAGUUAUGCUGAACCUAAAUCAACCAAAGGAAAAAUGAACUGGGGUACUGGAUUUUUAAAUAAUUUGCAGUCUGCUGGAAAUGUGAAAAACUCUAGUAAGAACAGUGGUCAUAUGAAAUUUUCUAUGAAUGGUUCUCUUCCUGAAAAUAUGGGAUUGGGAGGUGGUUGGCAAGUGGCAUAUCAAUUGCAACAGUCUGAAUCAAAUCAGAGUGCAAGUUUAAAGAGAGUUUUUCUUUAUGCUGGAUCUGCCUCUCACAUCCCUUCAGCUGUGGGUUCUAUAAGAUCAUUAAAAUCACUACCUGGUUUAGAAGGACGUGAAUCCAUGCAAGUUUCUGCUUUGGUGGGUGAGCCAGCCUUGUCUUUGACACAAAAUAAUAAUGGACCAUCAUCAGAAAAUGUUGUUGGACCUGCAAUUAUGCAUCCAUCAAAGAUGUCUACAAAGGGUAUCCAAUGGUCCGACUUUUGUGAUGUAAGAGUGAAAAGAGCUCUUACGGUUGGAAUGACUCUUCAAAUGCUACAACAGGAAAGUUUAAUUUUCAAUUAUAUAUUUUUGGUUUUGUUGAAUGUUGUUGAUUGA